CUGAAAUAUAGUGCGAGAAAAGUUUCAUAAAUAAAAAAUAAAGUUUCAAAGAUAAUUUGGCCCGGAAAAGUUCUUCCCAAAAAAGCUCUUCUCCUCCAAUCAUGUCCCGUCUUCAGAUCGGCCUUCACCUAUCUCCGCUGUUCUCGAAAACCAGUCCCCCAACACACUACCCAACGCCGUAUUCUCCGAACGAUCCUCUAUUUCCACAAACCCGCAGCCGAAAGAUCGUUUCUUUGGGGAAUUUAAGAUGCGCCCAUUCAAGAACCACUCUUAGUGCAGUGCCCAGAGAAGAUCACAGUCUGAGCGCAGAUUCUGUGGUGAAAGAGAGAAGUGUUUCAGUGAUUCUUCUUGCAGGAGGGAUGGGAAAAAGAAUGGGUGUGAGCAUGCCAAAGCAGUAUCUUCCACUUCUAGGUCAACCGAUUGCAUUAUACAGUUUCUACACUUUCUCCAAGGUGCCUCAAGUGAAAGAAAUUGUUGUGGUAUGUGAUCCAUCUUAUAAAGAUGUUUUUGAAGACGCCAGAGAAAAGAUCGAAAUUGAAUUGAAAUAUGCAUUGCCUGGAAAAGAGAGGCAAGAUUCUGUAUAUAAUGGAUUUCAGGUUGUUGAUUUGAGCUCUGAAGUCAUUUGCAUCCAUGAUUCUGCAAGACCUCUAGUAUCUCCAGGAGACGUCGAAAAGGUCCUAAUGGAUGGUAUGCUUGUUGGAGCAGCUGUUCUUGGAGUUCCUGCUAAAGCAACUAUCAAGGAGGCUAAUAAUGAAUCCUAUGUUGUGAGAACUCUAAACCGAAAGACGCUUUGGGAAAUGCAGACCCCACAGGUAAUCAAGCCGGAUUUGCUUAAGAAAGGGUUUGAGCUUGUCAAUAGGGAAGGUCUUGAAGUGACAGAUGAUGUGUCUAUUGUCGAGCACCUUAAACAUCCGGUCUACAUUACACAUGGCUCUUACACUAAUAUCAAGGUUACAACUCCCGAUGAUUUGCUGCUCGCCGAGAGGAUAUUACACACUUCAAAUUUGCAGAAUUGAUUAUGUCUCUGUAUGUUCCUUGUAUCCUUUGUUCCUAGCUGAAUAUGUAGUUUUCGCUUAACUUAUUUGGCUGCUAUUAUGUUUAGCUCAAUUUAGUUCAGUGCCACCAUUUCUAUAUGAGACACAAGUGGAGAUGGCUUUUUGUGUUUGCAAGACUACACAAUUUUCUUCUCACUUGCAUGUCGUUCAAAUGAAUUCCAAUUUUGAAUAAGAUGAUUUUCGAACAUUAAAUCGACGAAAAAGAGAAUGCUAAUGAUUGGAGAAUCAUUGCUGCAGCUGAAAUGUGGAUAGCUCAACAAGCUGCCCGAGGAUGAGAACGAAUAAUUUCUUAUUCCCGCCAUUCCUACAUAACUGGCUAAUAAGACUUUCACAAUAUUCCGGGGUACAACAAAAAUCAAAUGAAUGUGGACAUAAUAUUUGUCUACAUUUGUUCAAAAUCUAAUGUAUCUAAAAGUCAUAAUAGACAGUUAUUUCUUUCCUUUGCAAGAAUUGUUGUCAUUAUUAUUAAUCCACCACAUAACGCUGAUUGAAUCCUCGGACCACCCACUUAGCUUUGUACUUGAACAAUUUACCUGUAGGGCUAAGUUUAAUUUGUGUUGAAAAACCCAUUUACAAUACAAGAUAUAAUAUUUUGGUUUGGGGGUGAGGCCUGAGGGGGUAUUAUAUCCCAUGUAUGAUUUUUAAUCAAGGCAUUAAAUUUUUCACACAUUGUUGCAUAUCAGUUUGCAUCUUUCAAAGCAUUGCAAAGUUGGGGGGGGGGGGGGGGGGGGGNGGUUGUGGCUAUGGUGUUGAGCUUAACUAUUUGUUUUGGACAAGAGAUCCGGGCUUGCUUGUUGCCAUGAAACAGGUGGUUGAUGGCCAUCCCGAGAGCAUGAGCGUAGGAGUUGGAGGCAAUAAUUAAGUCAGAUACCUCGUCGGAGAUGGUGGAGAGGACCCACCGUUGAAGAGGAGUAUCCAAUUGGAGUCAUUCGACGUCAUCAUCAUCCGAGGGAGUGACGACACCAUUGAAAUAGCCUUGGAGGUUGGAUCUUUGAACGAGAAGGCGAAAUGAACUACCCCAUUUUUCUUGAGAUUAGGUUUCGAUAUACCGAGUUGAGUCGGGAUAUGGAGUUUGAUGCUGGAGAUGGUGGUGAAGGUAAGAUGAGGGAAAGUGGUAGGGUUGCCAUUGGAGGUGGUGGAGGACUUGUCAUCAUUGCGUGCCAUGAUCGCUAAAGGAGAUGAGAUUUGUCAUCAGCAAAAAGAGAAGAGAAGCGUUUGGCGAUGAGAUUUUUCAGAAGGAAGAUAUCGGAAGAUUUUUAGGGUUGUGAUCAAUGUGCAUUUGAUAAUCUUCACAAAACUGAAACAUUUUCUUAGCAUAUGUGCAGUUCCCAAAACAAAUGAGCCAAAACACCUCAUAAAUAGCCAAAACUGAA